AUGUUCUGCCUGGGUUCUGUGCUCGUAUGUUUCUGGGUCCUCACUGCGGCCGCUGCUCCGGGUGGCUCUGGUUUUCCUUAUGACGUUGAAAUCGACAGCAAAAUAUUGUCGAGGGCUCGGUUUGCCGUGCGGGAGUUCAACAAAGUCAACAAGGAUCCAUUUUACUUCACCCUGCUGGAGGUCCAGUCGGCGAAAGCUCAGGUGGUUGCUGGGAUCAACUACAUCCUGGAGGUGAAGCUGGUGCGCACUUCCUGUCUGAAGGGCAACACCACUGGUGAAUCCUGUGUCCUCAAGCUAGGCAUGAAUGAAAACUUGAUGUUUGAGGAGUUCCAGUGUCACUUUGUGGUUUUGGAGGUCGUCUGGGAAGAUUCUCGAAAUCUGACUGAAAUGAACUGUAAUCCGCUUCCACCCUGA